UAUAAUGGCAUGGACAUUUGUUAGAGGCGUCCCGGAAGGCGGUGUCAGCAUAUUACUGUGGCUCGGAUCAAGAGAGGAUUUCUUGGGAAAGCAAUAGAGACUUGAACUGGGCUAGAGGGGACGGAGAUCGGUAGUUUGAGUGGCUAGAGGGGCGGGAGGUAAGUGAAGUCGGGCGGACUCGGAGUCCAGAGGAAACGGGACCAUGACUUAUGCUUAUCUCUUCAAGUACAUCAUCAUCGGGGACACAGGUGUGGGGAAGUCAUGUCUCCUUCUGCAGUUUACAGACAAGCGGUUCCAGCCUGUCCACGACCUCACAAUCGGUGUGGAGUUUGGGGCUCGCAUGGUCAACAUUGAUGGAAAACAAAUCAAACUGCAAAUCUGGGAUACGGCUGGGCAAGAAUCCUUCCGUUCUAUCACCCGUUCCUACUACAGGGGCGCUGCUGGGGCCCUGCUGGUGUAUGACAUUACCAGACGUGAAACUUUCAACCACCUGACCUCCUGGUUAGAGGAUGCCCGGCAACACUCGAGCUCCAACAUGGUUAUCAUGCUGAUUGGGAAUAAGAGUGACUUAGAGUCCCGCAGGGAUGUGAGGAGAGAAGAAGGAGAGGCCUUUGCUCGGGAACAUGGACUUAUAUUCAUGGAAACUUCAGCCAAAACAGCCUGCAAUGUUGAAGAGGCCUUCAUUAACACAGCCAAAGAAAUAUAUAGGAAGAUCCAGCAGGGCUUAUUUGAUAUCCACAAUGAGGCAAAUGGCAUCAAGAUUGGUCCCCAACAGUGUAUUUCAACAUCGGUGGGAUCCAGCUCCUCCCAGCGGAACUCUGGUGACAUAGGGUCCAACUCUGGCUGCUGCUGAACAUCUGGCCUGAUCUCUUUUUUUCUUUCUGGAACAGCUUCAGAACAAUAGGCUUAAAGAAAGAGGUCUAAUUUGCUUUGGCUGAGAAAAGCCUUUAUCAAAGUGUGAUAUUUUGCCUUUCUACAUAAAAAGACCAGGGGAGAUUUGGUUCCUUGCUGACCUUUCCUUCUUCAGGGAUGUGAGCAUUCCCUAUAGCUAGAACUUUUCUUAUUCUUCUUCUGUUUUAAUUUCUACAAUAUUAGCAUCAAACUGAUUGUCAUGGUAGUCCAAAAGUAAAUGCAUUGUUUUAUGAGCCUACAUAAUGUGUGCCCCACAAAGUAAAAUUAGUAAUAGGAUCUCAGACAAUCUGCUUGGGCACUAAAAGUUAUGGAGAUCUAGAUAGCUUAUGAGCCAGAGAUCCUCUGCUUAGAAAUUUCAUUGAGUUAUUUCACUUAACCUGUCUUUGGAGACCACUUGCCACUUUAUAAGAGAUCUUGCAGAAGCUCGUUCCUUCUACUUGAACUUCUCAACGAGGCUAAAUACUUCUCUACCAUCCUAUUACUAGCUUCUCUCUAUCUUAGAGUAACUACACAACUUUUGAGAGCCACACAGUUUCUCCUGAAAUAUGGCUACUUAUUCUCAUUACUUAAAGAAAACAGUCUUUCCUUGCUUGCUUGUUUUAUUUUAGGGACCAGACAAAUUUGAGUGUCUUUUCUGCAAAAAUACAAUUACAUUAUUAACUAAGUCAAAUAGACUUUAACUAAACAUAUUUAGACUUUCUAAUCAAGCUAAUCUGCUUUCUGGACAUGGCGUAUUUACUCCCACCUCACUACCUUUGCUCAUGCCCCCGUCUAUGCCACCAUUAUACUCAAAAUCCAAAAUUUGUGUUUCAGAGAGCCUUCUUUGAACUCAACUUCUAGACGUUUACUGACACAGUAAACUUUAGUAAACCUUAGCUUUCAAAUGUUGUUUAUUCAUAUGUAUAUUUACUUGUAUUUAUGUUAUUCUGUAAAUAUGUUUUGUAGUUGUUUUAUGUGUGGGACCUGUCUCAUAUAGGUUGUAAGCUAAGCUCAGUGAGAGCAGGAGCCAUAUUAUCCCUUUACUUUUUGUAAAACAUUCCCUGUACGGUUCCUUCACGGUGCCUAGUGCAAUUCAUUAUGUGAUCAUUGACUUUGACUGACACACUUAAAGACUUGGAACAGGUUUAUCUGAGACUUCAGAGGAAACAAAAGGCCUUAGUGUCAUCUCUUUGUAAUUCUAUCCCAUUCUUCCCGUCUGCUUAGCCUGGAUUCUGUAUUGCUGCUUCCCUCACCUCUCUCUCCUUUCCCUGGCACUUUGCCUUCAUUCCAUGCAGCAUAUAGUAAGUUUGUCUGUUUCCAAGCUAUCAAAUAUAUGGUCCUCCAGCCAUUCUUCUUUUCAGCAGCAUAUAAUACUAUUCUAGCCAAGUCUGCUUUUUUUUAUUCCUCAUGCUAUCUUUUGGGUCAGUUGUUGUAUCUUUUUUGCUUUGACGUCCAUUCUCUUCUACUGCACUGAAAUCUUACGAAUUUUUCUUUUUUGUUGUUGUUGUUGAUGAACUGUUUCAUUAUUAAAUAUGUGCAUGUAUCCAG